AUGUUCAGAGUUUCACAGCUCAUCAAGAGUUCGCACUCUUGUCGUGUAGGCUGCCAGGUUGGACAUCGCUGGUCUCAAGUCCACCGACCACUUUCCCGCCGAUAUGCCACCGUACAGCCAGUGGCGGCGGCUCAAAGACCACAGAUUCAAUUGAGAUCCUACCAAGAAGAAUGUAUCGAAGCCGUCCUACAACAUCUCGAACUUGGUCAGAAGCGUCUUGGAAUUUCUCUGGCUACUGGAAGCGGCAAGACGGUUAUCUUCAGUCACUUGAUUGAACGAGUCCCCGAACCAACGAGAGAAGCCACUCAGACCUUGAUCUUGGUCCAUCGCCGGGAGCUGGUAGAACAAGCAGCUCGUCAUUGCCAGAACAUCUAUCCUGACAAAACGAUCGAGAUUGAGAUGGGCUCAAGACAUGCCUCGGGCGUGGCUGAUAUUACAGUCGCCUCGAUCCAGAGCAUCAUGUCUGGCGAUCGUCUUGUCAAGUUCGAUCCCAAACGCUUCAAGCUUUUGCUCGUGGAUGAAGCACAUCACAUCGUCGCAACGAGGUACUUGGACGUUCUCAAGCAUUUUGGCCUCGACGAAGACUCACAANAGAUACCCAACCACCAAUGCCCCGCUUUGGUGGGUGUUUCUACAACCUUCUCUCGACACGAUGGUCUCAGACUCGGCGCCGCUAUUGAUCAGAUCGUCUAUCACAAAGACUACCUAGACAUGAUUGAGGGUGAGUGGCUGUCUACCGCUUCUUUCACCACAGUGCAAUCCGGAGCAGAUCUCAGCGAAGUAAGGUCUCUCGGGAAGCAGGGAGACUUCCAAACCGGUGACCUGUCCAAAGCUGUCAACAACAAUGAGACCAACCAAAUUACCGUUCAAGCGUGGCUUGCACAAGCUCAAGACAGGAAGGCCACUUUGGUCUUUUGUGUAGACCUGGCUCACGUCUCGAGUCUGACUGCAAUGUUUCGUCGCUUCGGCAUCGACGCCAGGUUCAUCACUAGUGACACGCCAAAGCAGACUCGAACUGAGCGCUUGGAUGCUUUCAAGAAUGGAGAGUUUCCUGUCCUACUGAACUGUGGCAUCUUCACAGAAGGUACUGACAUCCCGAACAUUGACUGUGUAUUGCUCGCUCGACCUACGAAAUCCCGCAAUCUCUUGGUACAGAUGAUCGGUCGAGGUCUGAGAUUGCAUCCUGGCAAACAGGGCUGCCACGUCAUUGAUAUGGUGGCGUCUUUGGAAACAGGAAUUGUGACUUCGCCAACCUUGUUCGGUCUUGAUCCAUCGGAAUUGGUAGAUCAUGCAGAUGUCGCAUCCAUGACUUCAACACGAGAGAAGCGUGAGAGGGAGAAGCUUCGCGAAGAGGAAGCUUCUUCAGCCAUGGGUCAGGUCUCUGCUAUUAAUGCAGGCGACAUGAAGAAUCUGGCUGGUAACAUCACGUUCACUCAUUAUGACUCGGUGAAUGAUCUGGUCGAGGACACUCGAGGUGAUGUCUACAUCAGGCAGAUCAGUCAAUUUGCCUGGGUCCAGAUCGACACUGACCGGUACAUCUUGUCGAGUGGUGGAGGUGAUACCUUGAAGAUCCACCGAGACGACACCACGGAUGAACGACCUUGGCUUGUCACGAGUGUCGCAAAGCUCCCAGAAGGUUACAGUUCCAAAAGCCCUUAUGCAAGACCUCGAGAACUGGCCAAAGUGCAUGAAUUUGAUGAGGCAAUCCACGCUGCCGACAGUUACGCAGGCAAACACUAUCCUUUCAGAAAUAUCGCUACGAGAGCACCAUGGCGUAGGUAUCCCGCCACAGAAGCGCAAUUAGCUAGACUGAACAAGUCGCGCCCCGAGGAUCAACAACUUACUCAAGAGAAUACCAACAAAGGACAAGCGGCAGACAUGAUAACGAAGAUUGUUCAUGGCGCUAAAGGACGAUUCGACAAGCUCAACCAGGUUCGACGCAAGAUGGAACAAGAGAAGCAAAAGCAGCAGCAGCUUCAGGAAAGAAUGUCCAGACAUCAGAUACAAGUCGGUCCUGUGCGAUGA